AUGGUCAAAAUUCACUGUGCCUUUGGGCUUGUGGCGAUUAAUGCUGUUCUCUGGCAAAAUCGCAUGGUUCAUGCUGUCCCGUUUUCGACAGAUGGCGACUCGGUUCCAGCAAUCCAAGGCGACAUCCAUGGCGGGGGUGCCCUUGUCUUCGACCCGCACACCUUCACGGCCAUGCGCGGGGGUUUGUACACAACUCCAGUGUCCAAGAGAUCGCCUAUGCCUUCACCUUACACAAAUAUCCAGGGAACUGCGUCUGGAAAAAAGGCUGGCCUCGGUCCUACACCAACCAUACACAACAUAGCAACACAAUCUGCCUCAAUCGGUGUAGCCCAACAUACCAAAUCGGCGUCCAGCAAGGGUGCCUCUGCAUUAGUGUACAACAAAUGCACCUUUCCCGUCAACAGUAACAUUGUGCAUGGCGCCCGUGGCGGAAAUGAAGCCAAACCCGAAGAAGUUUUGGGUAUCCUUCAACCUGGUCAAACUUGGUCGCAUUCAUUCGAACACGACCGUAACCUUGGCGUUAGCUGGAAGAUCUGGCGUACAGAUGUAGACAACACUGCCCCGAUCCAGCUAGAGUACACAGCGACCGACACAUCGACCUGGUGGGAUCUUAGCAUGGUCGAUGCUGGAGAGGCCGGUUGGUUGGAUGAGUCGACUGAGGAUGUUGGAAAUGAGCUUGCGGACACCACUGGUGAUGCUGAUGGUCUGGGAGACUAUGUGGGAAUGGUUGGCAUCCAACACUCUUUUGCAGAAUACGGAUUGUCCUUGGUACCUGUUCUCGACGGAAACGAGGUGUUUGAGGGCAAUUGUGUCGCUGUGAAGUGUUCUGCCGGUGAAUCAUAUUGCAAGAGCGCAUACAACACGUGGAAUGACUGGGGACAGCAGAAGGACUGUCCCAGUGGUGUCAGUCUGCAGUUGACCCUCUGUGGCUGA